AUGGUCCGCUCAAAGUUCAAGGACGAGCACGUCUUCGAGAAGCGCAAGGCAGAGGCAGAGCGCAUCCGCGCCAAGUACUCGGACCGCAUCCCCGUCAUCUGCGAGAAGGCAGAAAAGACCGACAUCCCCACCAUCGACAAGAAGAAGUACCUCGUCCCGGCAGACUUGACCGUCGGUCAGUUCGUCUACGUGAUUCGGAAGAGGAUCAAGCUGUCGCCAGAGAAGGCCAUCUUCAUCUUUGUCGACGAGGUCCUCCCUCCGACCGCGGCACUGAUGAGCAGCAUCUACGAGGAGCACAAGGACGAGGACGGCUUCUUGUAUGUGACCUACUCGGGCGAGAACACCUUCGGCGCUGCAUGA